AUGUCGGACGAAGCCAUGUGCGAUGUAUUCAUUUCUGCAGGCAUAUUCAAAGCUAAGACAUUGGGGAGACUUUACACGGUACAUCCAAAGCAACGUGAGUGCUUCUAUUUACGUUUGUUAUUGGUGAAUGUUCCCGGACCAACGUCUUUUGAAUUUUUACGAACAGUUAAUGGUCGAGUAUUCAAUACAUACCAGGAUGCAUGUCGUGAACUGCAAUUGCUAGAAGACGAUAACCAUUGGGACUUAACGCUUGCUGAUGCUGCGUUGACAUCAACACCGAAUAACAUUCGUCAGUUGUUUGCAAUUAUUUUGACGACAUGUUAUCCCUCGCAAGCACAAACUUUGUGGGAAAAAUAUAAAAAUUGUAUGACAGAAGACAUCUUGCACCGAAUUAGACAAACAAAUCAAUGCCAAAACAUAGAUUAUACACCAGAGAUGUACAAUGAAGCAUUGGUCUUGAUCGAGGAUUUAUGUGUUCUUAUUUCAAAUUUACCACUUAAUCAUUAUGGUAUGCCAUCACCUAAUCGUCCAGCCACCGACUUAGUCAAUACCGAUUUACAACGAGAAAAUCAAUAUGACCAUGGAAGUUUAGCAACAAUUAUCAUGAACAGUGAACCAUUACUGACAGCAGAACAAAAAAUUAUUUAUGAUCGGAUUAUGCUGGCUGUUGCUGCUGAACAAGCAGUAGCAUCGUCAGGCAUUGCGGCUACUUUACUGGAUGGUGGGCGAACAGCACAUUCAACAUUCAAGCUGCCAUUGGACGUUCAUAAUAAACCAGAUGCAAUGUGUAAAAUCAAAAAGAAUAGUGGAAUAGCUGCAGUGUUGCGGAAGAGUUCUAUAAUAAUUUGGGAUGAGUGCACACUGACACACAAAUAUUCACUUGAAGCAUUAAACAGAACUAUGCAAGAUUUAAACAGCAAUAAUAAACUUUUCGGUGGUGCUAUCUUACUUUUGUCUGGUGACUUCCGGCAGACCUUACCGGUUAUACCUCGCUCUACUUUCGCGGAUGAGGUUAAUGCAUGUUUGAAACAAUCAUUCUUAUGGCGAAGUGUUGAAACACUUCGAUUGACCAUAAAUAUGCGAGUACAAUUGCAAAAUGAUCCAUCAGCACAAAUAUUUUCCGAACAACUACUAGAUAUUGGGAACGGUAAAAUAGAACUGCAACCAAAUACGCAAUGCAUUAAACUACCAGACAAUUUUUGCACUGUUGUUCAGGAUAAAAAUGAAUUGAUUCAGAGUAUUUUCCCGGAUAUACAGAAUAAUUAUUUGAAUCAUGAAUGGCUUAGUCAACGGGCGAUUUUGGCAGCCAAAAACGUUGAUGUUGACGAAAUUAACUUCCAGAUACAACAGUUGUUACCAGGUGAUCUGAUGUCUUUUAAAUCAAUCGAUACUGUUGUUGAUGAAAAUGAAAGUCCGGAUCAGAGUCCAUAUGGAAUGGUUAACAGAACGGACGAAAUUUUUAAAGUUGAACUACCAAACGUAAAAACACAAUAUCUACCGACCAGCUCAAAGGGACUUGACAUACUACCAACACCAGAAGCCAUGAAUGAGGGUCAGGGUGAAAGCGCUAAGGAAAGCCUGCAGGUGAAGCCCACAUAA